AUGGGGUCAAUCUGGCCCUCUGAUUCCUCGAUGGCCCGGAAUCUCCGAAAGCUGCAGGAAAGCAUCACAACCGUCCCUGCUCCUGGCUCUCAAGCCAAUCGGCGGGACGGACCCAACGAGUCCUGGUCGAUCGAUGCGCAACUCCUCUGGGACGUACUAGUCUACGAAAAAGCCGGAAGACACAAUGCGUCCGCCGACGAAACCAUGUUCGACAAAAUCAUUGACCUAGAAUUUGUGCGUCACGAUUAUGUUGCUGAACUUGCCAUGGUCGGGUCCGCCGGUAUAUCCGGUCAUAAAUCAGCCUGGAAAGAGAUAUCUGCGUAUGCACCCGAGGACAGCGCGCCUCACCCUCCUCCGUCUUCUUCAAGCAACCCAUCAUUCCCACCGGUUCAUUCAGUGGCUGAUGGAUCGAAUGUUCCUGAUGAACGGCUAUUCGAAGGCUUAGGGAAUCUGGACAUGAUAAGUCAAGGAGACUAUUUAUUUCAAGCUGAGGACUUUGGAAGGGCUAUCAAUUGUUGGUUUAACUUUAAUAUGACGGAUCAUUCCUAG